GCCCCCGCCGACCGUCCCGCCGCAGCCAGAGCGGCCGAGGGCGGGACGCGAGCGCGGGGGCGCGGCGGCAGAACUGAGGCGGUGGCGGCGCGGACGGACUGGCCGGCGCUCGGCAUGGCUCGCCUGGGGCUCGGUCUGGUGAGCUGUACCUUCUUUCUAGCUGUGAAUGGUCUGUAUUCCUCUAGCGACGAUGUCAUUGAAUUAACUCCAUCUAAUUUCAACAGAGAAGUUAUUCAGAGUAACAACUUGUGGCUCGUAGAAUUCUAUGCUCCAUGGUGUGGUCAUUGCCAGAGGUUAACACCAGAAUGGAAGAAAGCAGCAACUGCAUUAAAAGAUGUUGUAAAAGUUGGUGCAGUCGACGCAGAUAAACAUCAGUCCCUAGGAGGUCAGUAUGGUGUUCAGGGAUUUCCUACUAUCAAGAUUUUUGGAUCCAACAAAAACAGACCAGAAGAUUAUCAGGGUGGCAGAACUGGUGAAGCCAUCGUGGAUGCUGCCCUCAGUGCUCUGCGCCAGUUUGUGAAGGAUCGCCUCGGGGGAAAGAGUGGUGGAUAUAGUUCUGGAAAACAAGGCAGAAGUGAUAGUUCAAGUAAGAAGGAUGUGAUCGAGCUGACAGACGACAGCUUUGAUAAGAACGUCCUCGACAGUGAAGAUGUGUGGAUGGUUGAGUUCUAUGCCCCUUGGUGUGGACACUGCAAGAACCUGGAGCCUGAGUGGGCUGCUGCAGCUACAGAAGUAAAAGAGCAGACCAAAGGGAAAGUGAAGCUGGCAGCCGUGGACGCCACUGUGAACCAGGCUCUGGCCAGCCGAUACGGGAUUAGGGGAUUUCCUACAAUCAAGAUAUUUCAGAAAGACGAGUCUCCUGUGGAUUAUGAUGGUGGGCGGACAAGAUCUGACAUAGUGUCCCGGGCCCUUGAUUUGUUUUCUGAUAAUGCCCCACCUCCUGAGCUGCUUGAGAUAAUCAGUGAGGAUGUCGCCAAGAGGACGUGUGAGGAGCACCAGCUCUGCGUUGUGGCUGUGCUGCCCCACAUCCUUGACACAGGAGCUGCAGGCAGAAAUUCUUAUUUAGAAGUUCUUCUUAAGUUGGCAGACAAAUAUAAGAAGAAAAUGUGGGGGUGGCUAUGGACAGAAGCUGGAGCCCAAUAUGAACUUGAGAAUGCACUGGGUAUUGGAGGGUUUGGAUACCCUGCCAUGGCAGCCAUUAAUGCACGCAAGAUGAAAUUCGCUCUUCUUAAAGGGUCUUUCAGUGAACAAGGCAUUAAUGAGUUUCUCAGGGAGCUGUCUUUUGGGCGUGGCUCCACAGCACCAGUGGGAGGUGGUACCUUUCCUGUUAUCACUGCAAGAGAGCCCUGGGAUGGCAGGGACGGUGAGCUUCCUGUGGAGGAUGACAUCGACCUCAGCGACGUGGAGCUGGACGACCUGGAGAAGGAUGAAUUGUGAGAGCCACAGCCCAGGCUUCGGGUCAGUUUCUUUUCUUGGGAGUGAAUGGAUUUUUCCAGCAGUGAAGGAACAUUCUUUACAAUCAGACUGAUAUACCAGUGGCCUUUUUAACCAAGAAGUAGCACUUGAUUGGUCAUUUGAAAACACUGCGACAGUGAGCUUUGGAAUCUCAAGAAAACAUUGAAAAAUUCUAUGAAUUGUUGUAGCCAGUGAAUUGGAUUGUAUUCUCACGUAAUAUUUUGAAGAAAACUGGGCUGUAGAAACAUUUUCCCUCCCUCUGACUGCUGCUUGAAUGUUCUUGGAGGCUGUUUCUUAUAUAUAGGUUUUUUUUAAAUGUGAUUUCUUCAUUUGAAUAUCAAUGGCUUUUUCCAUUAAAGAAUAAAAUGAUAUUUUGGACAAUGCC